GAAAGUGAAAGUAAAGUGUGAAACUCCACCACCCUUUUCCUCGUUAUUUCUGGAACAGACGUCGUGUUUUAUUCUGUUCGUUGCCAAAUUAGCCUUUCAACUGUUUUGGUUUAUUUUUCUAAACUCCUAAUAGUUUAAUUUACCAGUUACAAACAGCUUUACCUUGGAGUCAGACUUGUUUUGUUCGUGAAAUGAAGACCUUUCCGACCUCGGCGGUCUGGUGUUUUGGGAUUCUGUUCAUCAGUGUUUCAUUGAUAACGACAGGGUCGUCUGAUGUUGUUGGACCGGCUGACCCAGUCGUUGCCUUAGCUGGUGAUGACGUCAUUCUACCAUGUUCCCUGAAACCCAGUGUCAGUGCUGAGGACAUGGUAGUGAAAUGGACAGGAUUGUACCUGAAAACGAAAAACGUCCAUCUUUACCGUGACGGUCGAGACUCCAACAAGGAUCAGUCUCCAUCCUACAAGGGAAGAACAUCAAUGUUUCAUGAAGAACUGAAGAACGGCAUCGUCUCCUUAAAGCUGAACAUAGUUACUCUCUCUGAUGCUGGAAGCUACAGGUGCUUCAUUCCAACACUGACCAGCCAGGUGAAGGAAACCACCGUUCAACUCUUUGUUGGUGUUGUAUCUCAGCCAGUGAUCUCUAUUGGUGGAACUAAAGGCUGGGGGGUGGUCCUGAAGUGUGAGUCUGGAGGCUGGUUUCCUAAACCUGAGAUGGAGUGGCUGGACAGUUCUGGAACCAUCCUCCCUGCUGAUGGAGCUCCAGAGAUAUACAGGGACUCAGAGGACCUCUACGCUGUGAGACGACAUGUCACCGUGAACAAGACUGACACCAACAGGUUCACCUGUAGAGUUCAACAGCCAGAGAUCAACCAUCUGAAGGAGACAAAGAUUCAUGUCUCAGAUGACAUGUUUCCUAAAUCACAAGUAGGGUUGAUUAUUGGUCUAUCAAUACUAUUAGCUGUUGUAGUUCUUGUAGCUUCAGCUGGUGUCUACAAGUGGAGAAAACAUGUUAUAGAGAAACGUUUUAGGACUAUGAAGAUGUUUCAUGAACUAUUGGAAAGACAUAGUCAGAUAAUGUUUGUGGACAUUCACAAGGAUGACCUCAUACAGAGUGUUACCAUGGUGAUUCCCAUAGCAUUUUACUUGAUCCAUUCUGACGGGUACUCUGAGAUCCAUGCUGCCACCACUAGAAAGGACCAGAUGACACUGUUGUACCAGGCUCUAGAAGAAGCAGAAGACUCAAUGGUGAAAUCAGACUUUUACAGGAUUCUACUGGAUCUGGAACCUGACGUUGUCAACCACCCGGGACGACCCAAAGAUUCAGAUGAGGAAGAUCUUUACCUUGAUGAACUUGUUCAAAACCUGCCUGGACAGCUGGAGAAGAUCAGAAAACAUAGGGAUGAUCUCAAAGAAAAACUAAGGAAAGCUGAAGAGACCAUCAAAUCCCUCUCCACCUCUUCAGGUGGUCAACAUGAAACACAGACUCCUUCCCAAAAUGAGUCAGAGAUUGAAGAGAUGGAAAUUAAGUCUUUACCUGGUCCAGGGAGGAAGUCUGCUCCUGAGAUGGAGUCUUUACUGGAUGAGCUGGAGAUGGGAGGAAGAGUUACUUUGGACAAUAACUAUAUGCUAUAGGGUUACUAUAGAGAGACUAUAACUCUCCUAGCCCACCUAACAAAGCUGAGUUACUAUAGACAGACUAUAACUAUAGAGAGACUAUAACUUUCUAUAGAGACUUAACCCACCUAACAAAGCUGAGUUUCGGAGUAUAUAACUUGUGAGUGAUAUGAAUCUUGGUAAGACAAAGUCAUUUGAUAAACAUGUUAGUCAGUUCUCUAUAAUCCACUUUCAGUAGUUAGUUCUUUACUUUUUGAAGUUUUACUACCCAAGUUUGUAUUAUGGGUUUAUAUCCAUUUCCUGGUUAUUCUAUAUAUGUUUUCCCCAUAAACAAUGUCUUUCUCAUCCCCCUCAGGAGCUGAUAGAGUUGAAUUGAAUGGAAUGAUGGACUAAUGUCUCCUGUUAGAAUCUUUUACAGACUCUUAUGUCCAGUACCUGAUAAUCAGGUAUAUCAACCAGACCACAGGACUGAUGUCUCCUGUUACAGACUCUCUUAUGUCCAGUACCUGAUCAUCAGGUAUAUCAACAAGACCACAGGAGGUUGGUGGCACUUUAAUUGGGGAGGACGGGCUAGUGGUAAUGGCUGAAGAGGAAUCAGUGGACUGGUAUCGAAUACGUCAAACACGUGGUUUCCAUGGUUUCCAUGUUUGAUGCUUGAGCUGUCCUCCCCUCAACAGCCUCCUGUGAACAAGACUGAUAAAACCAUUUGUUGAAAUGUUUAUAUUUCUGCUGUAGCUUCAACUUGUCAGCUUCUAUUGUAGCUUCAACCUGUCAGCUUCUAUUGUAGCGUCAACCUGUCAGCUUCUAUUGUAGCUUCAACCUGUCAGCUUCUAUUGUAGCUUCAACCUGUCAGCUUCUAUUGUAGCUUC